ACCAAACAGUCUGAAUAAAAAAGAAGAAUUUAAGAAUACUGUCAAACAUGACAUUUUUUCAUAUUUUUAUAGGUUAGAAAAUUAAAAUCUAAAUCUCGGUCGAGAAAAUCCGAUAGAAAAUGACUCUAAAGCACGUCAGCUUCAUUUCGAGAACGGUUUUCGUGAAAAACAACGACGUAGAAGCCGCCUGCAGGGUGUUAAACAGAAUAUUGGGUCGCGAGGGACUCAUCGACCAGUACAGGAGGACCAGGUUUUUCGAGAAACCUUGUCAGUUUCGUAGGAGAAUCAACUUCGAACGAUGCAAAUCGAUCUACAACGAGGAUAUGGAUAGAAAGAUUCAAUUCGUGUUGAGGAAGAAUCGAUUAGAUGCAUUUCCCGGUGCAUCAUAAUAUACUGUUAUUUUAGAAUUACAAGGGUAAGGUGAAAAGUUCUCGCCCAGCGAUUUGCAGUUGAAAAAUUACAUUAGUCUUCUUUUUAAGUAGAAAUAUUUGGUUCGAAACGACUGUGGAGUGUUCUAAAUGGUUCUGGAGCGUUCCUAGAUGGUUCUAAAUCAUUUUGGA